UCCUCUCUUCUCUGUCCUAUUGAAGGGUUUGCUCUUCGAUGUGGAAAAAAAGAACAUCCUUUGUUGCAUUUGAGAAUGGCCUAUGUGGGGAUUUCAGAGUUGAGUAAUGAGUAAUGUUAGUUCUGGUGGUAUUCCAGUAAAUAAAAUCCUCAAUAAAUAUCACACCAAAGCAGAUGUGCUUCCAAAUGCAGAAUCGUGGUGAUCUUGCUCUUUUAGUUGUGCACAGAUGAAACAGCUUCACUUUGCUUGCUCAGUGAGGUGCCAAUAAGGAAGAACAGAGGGGGAAGUCUCGUGGAGCUGAAGCUGGUGCUCCUUUUUGGCAUGUCCGUGUAUUCACAGCUCCAAGACACACCGCUCUUUCUGUCUCGUAUGAUGGCCAUCAUGUCUCCUGCUCGAUCUCCUUUUCACGCGCGCGGACACAACACCGAUUAAACAACUUUCUUUGUGUGCCAUGGUAAGGAUUUUGACUUCAGAAUUAAAAUGUAGGUGUGCAAGGAUAUAGAACAUUUUUUUUGUUUGCUGUCCCUGUCAAAACGUCGGGGGUUCACAUUGAUCUUCAUAAUCUCUACAAGAAUCCGGAUGAGCGUCCGCGAGACCGCCGGCGAUCAGACUCGUGCAGUUAAGACACAACCCGGACUUUCUCACGUGCGGUUUAGGAGUCAGUGAUGUUACUCACAUCGUGUGUCAGGUGAAUCAUUAUAUGCAACACUCUAGAAGUACACACACACACACCACUAUUCAUUUCCACCACAGAAGAAUGACUUUGAUCCGCAGACUGCUACGCAGGCGUUUGCAUCCAUGGAAGGUUGCCAUUGUGGCGCUAGUGUUCGUCACAUUUUUGUUUCUGAUGCAAAGAGAGGUGGUCAGUCAGAGCCCGCAGGAGGAGCCCUGGCUAAAAGGGAUUGUAGAGAAACGGGACACCAUGCUGGGCAUGGUAAUGGGGGCCAUGAAUAACUUUAGAGACUCCAUGCCAAAGAUGCAGAUCCGAGCCCCAGUGAGGCAGCAGGAAAGCAGGAGCAGCCAGCCCUGUCUUCCUGGUUACUACACAGCUGCAGAGCUGAGGCCUGUCCUGGAAAGGCCGCCACAGAAUCCCAGUGCCCCGGGCGCCUCAGGGAAACCCUUCCAUACGGAGAACCUUGGGCCAGCUGAGCAGAAGGAGAAGGAGAAAGGCGAGGAGAAACACUGCUUCAACCUGUACGCUAGUGAUCGUAUCUCCCUCAGCCGAGACCUCGGUCCUGAUACAAGGCCACCAGAAUGCAUAGAGCAGACAUUUAGGCGCUGCCCACACUUGCCGACCACGAGCGUGAUCAUUGUGUUCCAUAACGAGGCGUGGAGCACAUUGCUGCGGACUGUCUACAGUGUGCUCCACACCUCUCCUGUCCUUCUUCUCAAAGAGAUCAUCCUUGUUGAUGACGCCAGCGCAGACGAGCGGCUGAAGGAAGAGUUGGAUGAGUAUCUGAAACAACUGCACAUUGUUCGUGUGGUGCGACAGCUUGAGAGGAAAGGACUCAUCACUGCACGACUGCUGGGAGCCUCAGUAGCCACUGGAGACACCCUCACAUUCUUGGAUGCACACUGUGAAUGUUUUAAUGGCUGGCUCGAGCCUCUGCUAGCCCGGAUAGCAGAGAACUACACUGCAGUGGUGAGUCCGGACAUCACCACUAUCGACCUGAACACUUUUGAGUUCAUGAAGCCUUCUCCAUAUGGGCAGAACCACAAUCGGGGAAACUUUGACUGGGCCCUGUCCUUCGGCUGGGAGACUUUGCCUGAUCACGAAAAAAAACGGCGCAAAGAUGAGACCUACCCCAUAAAAACACCAGCAUUUGCCGGAGGACUUUUUUCCAUCUCCAAAGAUUAUUUCUAUCACAUUGGGAGCUAUGAUGAGGAGAUGGAGAUCUGGGGAGGAGAGAAUAUAGAAAUGUCGUUCAGGGUGUGGCAGUGUGGAGGUCAGUUGGAGAUCAUCCCCUGUUCUAUUGUGGGCCACGUUUUCCGCACCAAAAGCCCUCAUACCUUUCCCAAAGGCACGCAAGUUAUCGCCCGUAAUCAAGUGAGGCUGGCUGAGGUCUGGAUGGACGACUACAAGGAGAUCUUCUACCGCAGGAACCAGCAGGCGGCACAGAUGUCUAAAGAGAGGUCCUUUGGAGAUGUCUCCAAACGCUUGGAGCUCCGUGAGAGACUACAGUGUAAGAGCUUUUCCUGGUAUUUAAAGAACGUGUACCCAGAGGUCUUUAUGCCUGAUCUCAACCCACUGCAGUUUGGUGCGAUAAAAAAUAUAGGGAAAGACAUGUGUCUGGAUGCAGGCGAGAACAAUGAGGGAGGCAAGGCACUCAUUAUGUACCCAUGCCAUGGCCUGGGAGGCAACCAGUACUUUGAAUUUUCAACGCACCAUGAAAUACGACAUAACAUUCAGAAGGAGCUUUGCCUACAUGCCACAGAUGGGCUGGUGAAACUUCAGGAUUGUCAGUAUAAAGGCCACAACACCUUGACUGGACAUGAACAGAAAUGGGAGCUGCAGGAGAAUCAGCUGUUUUAUAACCGCGGGCGGAAGCUGUGCCUGAGCGCUCGCUUUGAAAACCCCUCUAUGGUCCCCUGCAACCCAGCGGACAGAUUCCAGCUUUGGACUUUCACCUGAGAGGACAAGCCAAUUACAAUACCCACUAUUGUUGCUGAAGUUCUAAACAAGAGAAUUUUAAUUUAUUUUUAUAUGUGAAAAUUACUGCUGCUGGAAAGAUUUGAAUAUCAUAAUUAGUAUGCAUAUACAUGCACAAAACGGAAAAAAAAGCAACAAGGCACCUUUUAGGAAGUAUUCCGGAGUUGUAAAGAACCACUUGAAGACUUGAACUAUUAUUAUUUUCCUCGAAAAUUUUUUCUCUCAAAUAUAAGGGCUGUUACCACUGUCUCAAUGUAAGAAUCUAAGAAAAACAGAGACCUUAGAAAUGUUGGUCUUACCUGCACAUUGUUUAUGCACCAAAGAAUAUUUGUAAGCACAGUUUCACCAAGUGCAAUUCCCCAAUAUGCACCAUAAAUUGUCUAAUUCCUAAAUAGUCCUAUAUAAGAUCCUGAAUUAAAUAGGAUGUUCUAGGUUAGUGCCAUGCACUGACUCUUUCCUUUACCUCAGUGACAGGAUUUCUUCAGACCCAGACCUGAUUGGAAAAAGAGCUACCAUUAAAACGUGGUCUGUAUUUAUUGAAGGAGUCUGCCAAUGGUUUGAAAUUGUUGACAAAAUCUCUUACAAACUAUCAAAUCCAUGGGUAGUGAACAAACCUAAUGUUAUUGUGUGUGAUCUUUAAUUCCUUUUCAGUAUAUAUAAACUACUACUUCUGACUUUGAUCCCUUGAAUCAGUAGCAGCUGUUGUGAUUUCUUUCCCCCCAUUCCUUCAUUACUUCAGUGUUUAAAGGCUUUUGUUCACAAAUGACACCUUGUUUUUAUAAUAAUACGUUGUAAGGGAAUAUUGUGUACAAGGAGAUGGUAGUUAAAAGUACUAUAAACUAACGAAAGAAAGUUUGAAUGAACAAGGGCAAAUUGUGCUUUUAAAAUAAACAUUUCAAAAGCUUUUUAUGA